UCAUAUUCAUACAUCCAUACACACAUACAUGCAUAUCCACUCAAAUCAUUAUUGCACUACGCUACUUUAUUAUAUUAUUGCUCACUACAUUUCACAUUACUCGCUCAUUCCCUGCUGUCAAUUGUCCCUUCUUCACCAAACCCCAAUAUAUACAUAUCGAUAUUAUCGCCGGAAAUUCAGCCGACUUAAUCGGAGGAGAAGAUUUCAUGGAGGUCCGUAACGACAGAGACGAUCACCACCCUCGCCAUCACCAAUCUCCCACUCCGUCCAAGCAAGGCAAAGCUCCGAUUAAUUCGGUCGACACCAAUUCCGUUACUCAGAGGUUACAAAAGGAGCUCAUGUCUCUUAUGAUGAGCAGUGAUGCCGGAGUAUCUGCCUUCCCUGAAGGGGAGAGCAUCUUUACUUGGAUCGGUACCAUUGAAGGUGGUAGAGGAACUAUGUAUGAGGGUUUAUCUUACAAGCUUUCUUUGCGAUUUCCCCUUGAUUAUCCUUUCAAGCCUCCCCAAGUGAAGUUUGAGACAAUGUGCUUCCAUCCAAAUGUUGACCAGUAUGGGAAUAUUUGCCUUGACAUUCUUCAGGACAAGUGGUCGUCAGCUUAUGAUUGCCGGACCAUUCUUUUGUCCAUUCAAAGUCUAUUAGGAGAGCCCAAUAUUGAUAGCCCUCUCAACAGCUCUGCUGCCGCACUUUGGAACAAUCAAGAAGAUUACAGACGGAUGGUGCACAAAAACUACAUGGCUGGAGAAACAUUCGAAACUUAAUAUGAAAAUCAUUGUAGUAAAAGCCUCUUUGGCACUCUUUCCUUUAAGAAAGGAAAUGAGGGGGGAACUGUGGCAUGCUUUCUCUCACAGCAUCGAUUAGAACCUCUCUAUCAUUUUAUCAUAAGUCGUCCCUGUAUACAAAUUGUUUUCAGUGGAAUAUUGUCAAUAUCAUGCUGUAUAGUUUGCCCAAUGAAAUUUAAUAUUUGUUGCAGUGAAUUGGAAAUUUAGUCCCUUCUUUAUUUCUCA